GGAAAUACAGAAUCCGAAAGAAAACGGUCUCAAUCGAAGACGAAAACGAACUCGGAGUCACACGGUUCUCUCUUCGGAGAAAUUGCUCCAUAUUCCUCGAUGGCAAAAGGGUCUCCAUCAAGAUCAUCAUAAACUCGUGUCUUGGGAAAUACAAUUUGUGGCAUUUCUUUUUUCCUUUGCCCUGUUUUAUUAGCAGUAAUUGCCUGGGAAUUUUGUUUGUUCGACUGGGAGGAAGAAAAUGAGGAUUGAGAAGGAGGCGGAGGCAGUUUCAGCGUCGCGAAAUCCUCUGGUUUUCGCUUACUAUGUCACUGGACAUGGCUUCGGCCAUGCUACUCGCGUUAUUGAGGUUGUGCGGCAUCUUAUACUUGCUGGGCAUGAUGUUCAUGUGGUCAGCGGUGCUCCUGAGUUCGUUUUUACUUCGGCAAUCCAGUCCCCUCGGCUAUUCAUACGGAAGGUAUUGUUGGAUUGUGGAGCUGUUCAAGCAGAUGCAUUGACGGUAGAUCGUUUGGCAUCAUUAGAGAAGUAUCAUGAGACAGCCGUCGUCCCUCGGGCUUCCAUUUUGGCUACUGAAGUAGAGUGGCUCAACUGCAUCAAAGCUGAUUUAGUGGUUUCUGAUGUUGUACCAGUUGCUUGCCGUGCCGCUGCCGAUGCUGGAAUUCGCUCUGUUUGUGUCACGAACUUUAGUUGGGAUUUUAUCUAUGCGGAGUAUGUGAUGGCUGCGGGGCAUCAUCACCGUUCUAUAGUCUGGCAGAUUGCAGAGGAUUAUUCACAUUGCGAGUUCUUGAUCCGCCUCCCAGGAUACUGCCCAAUGCCUGCUUUUCGUGAUGUGGUCGAUGUACCUCUAGUUGUUAGAAGGCUUCAUAAACAACGAAAGGAGGUGAGGAAGGAACUUGGAAUUGGAGAAGAUAUAAAGUUAGUUAUCCUCAACUUUGGCGGGCAGCCUGCAGGCUGGAAGUUGAAGGAGGAAUACCUACCCCCCGGCUGGCUGUGUCUGGUUUGCGGUGCUUCUGAUACAGAGGAACUUCCACCAAAUUUCAUCAAGCUUGCAAAAGAUGCAUACACACCUGAUCUAAUAGCUGCUUCUGAUUGUAUGCUCGGAAAAAUUGGUUAUGGAACUGUCAGUGAAGCUCUGGCAUUCAAGUUACCCUUUGUCUUUGUUCGCCGAGAUUAUUUCAACGAAGAACCAUUUCUAAGGAAUAUGCUUGAGUAUUAUCAAAGCGGUGUUGAGAUGAUAAGAAGGGACUUGCUCACUGGUCACUGGAAACCAUAUCUUGAACGCGCUAUCAGUUUGAAACCUUGCUACGAGUGCGGUACCAAUGGCGGUGAGGUUGCAGCUCAUAUCUUGCAAGAGACGGCCAGCGGGAAGAAUUAUGCAUCAGAUAAGUUUAGCGGGGCGAGAAGGUUGCGGGACGCUAUAGUUCUUGGUUACCAACUGCAGAGGGUCCCGGGACGAGAUCUAUGCAUUCCAGAUUGGUAUGCCAAUGCAGAAAGUGAACUUGGUCUUUCUAACAAAUCAGCAGCUUUACCUGUGGAAGGGAGAGGGUCUCAUAUGGAAUCAUAUCUGGAAGAUUUUGAUGUGGUUCAUGGAGAUGUUCAGGGACUCUCUGAUACAAUGAGUUUCUUGAAGAGUUUGGCUGAAUUGGGUACAGUGUAUGAAUCCGGAAAUGCUGAGAAACGCCAAAUGCGGGAGCGGAAGGCUGCUGCUGGACUCUUCAAUUGGGAGGAAGAUAUUUUUGUGACAAGAGCUCCAGGAAGGUUGGAUGUCAUGGGAGGAAUUGCCGACUACUCGGGAAGUCUUGUUCUGCAGAUGCCAAUAAGAGAAGCAUGCCAUGUAGCGGUGCAAAGAAACCAUCCUACUAAACACCGCCUCUGGAAACACGCUCAGGCUCGGCAGAACGCCAAAGGAGAAGGAUCCAAGCCCGUUCUUCAAAUUGUGUCGUAUGGGUCGGAGUUGAGCAACAGGGCGCCAACGUUCGACAUGGAUUUGCAGGACUUCAUGGAUGGGGAGAGGCCAAUGUCGUACGAGAAAGCCAGGAAAUAUUUUGCUCAGGAUCCUGCACAGAAAUGGGCAGCCUAUAUUGCAGGCACCAUUUUGGUUCUCAUGAAAGAGUUGGGUGUUCGUUUCCAAGAUAGCAUCAGCUUGCUGGUUUCUUCCAAGGUCCCUGAAGGGAAAGGCGUGUCAUCAUCCGCGUCGGUGGAGGUUGCUUCAAUGUCUGCCAUAGCUGCUGGUCAUGGAUUAAGGAUCAGUCCAAGAGACCUGGCCCUACUCUGUCAAAAGGUGGAGAAUCACAUUGUAGGAGCACCGUGUGGAGUGAUGGACCAGAUGACAUCGGCGUGUGGGGAAGCCGAUAAACUUCUAGCAAUGGUGUGCCAGCCAGCGGAGGUGAUUGGCUUGGUUGAUAUACCCCCUCACAUUCGAUUCUGGGGAAUCGAUUCCGGAAUUCGACACAGUGUGGGCGGGGCAGACUACGGUUCAGUGCGGAUUGGAGCGUUCAUGGGCCUGAAAAUGAUAAAGUCAAGAGCAUCCGAUUUGGUAUCAAAAUCGUUGUCAUACUCAUCGCACAGCGAGGAGUUGGAGGAUCAGGAUGGCAUGGAACUGCUGGAAGCUGAAAGCUGCUUAGAGUAUCUGUGCAAUCUUCCGCCUCACCGCUACGAAGGCAUGUAUGCGAAGGAGCUUCCGGACUCCAUAACAGGGGAGCAUUUUCUUGAGAAAUAUGAGGAUCAUAAUGACGCUGUCACGGUGAUCCAUCAGAAGAGGGUUUAUGGAGUCAGGGCCUCCGCUCGCCAUCCCAUCUAUGAGAAUUUCCGUGUCAAGGCCUUCAAAGCGCUGCUCACUUCUGCCACUUCUGACUACCAACUUACAUCUCUUGGAGAAUUGUUGUAUCAGUGUCAUUAUAGUUACAGCGCGUGUGGGCUGGGGUCGGACGGGACGGACAGGCUAGUCCAACUGGUGCAGGACCUGCAGCACUCUAAGUUAUCCAAAUCAGAAGAUGGGACCUUGUAUGGAGCAAAGAUCACUGGUGGGGGCUCCGGUGGAACCGUCUGCGUUAUGGGCAGAAACUCCUUAGCCAGCAGCCACCAAAUCUUCGAGAUUCAGCAGAGAUACAAAGGAGCAACAGGGUUCUUGCCAUAUGUUUUUGAUGGUUCUUCUCCUGGUGCUGGUAAAUUUGGAUUUCUAAAAAUUCGCCGACGCUCAUCUCUCAAAUCUAAACAGAGUUAGGAUAAGAAGAUCAUAUCAUCUACUUCUGGUUGCUUAUUUUAUUGCAUUGCUUCCUGUUUUUACCCAGUGACAACUUGGGUAAAAUUCCAUGUAAAAAGCUUCUUAUCAUAUCAUUCUUUUAUAUAAUAAAUAAUAUUACGUCAUAAAUAUUGAAA